GCUUGCUUUAUGGAUGAGCACUAUUCCACCAUGCUGCUGGUGCGAAGUUCGGUUACAGCCCGUUAAUCCCCGAAGGCGCGAUUCAGAAGGCAGAUGCCUGACGCCCCGCAAAGCUACCGCUGACGGUAUAAAAGGUCUCUUGUUGAGAGAUAUCCAUCUCGAAGCCCCAGCCUUCCUCAGACGCGUUCACCAUGUCUAAAGUCGCUUCUUUUCUGUGGAUCCUUCUCCUCGCGAAGAUUGUUGCGUCCGCACCAGCACCCGUCGACAUGUCAGUAUCUGAUGCCACCGCCGCCACUCCGUCCACCUCUGGUACGACCAUCGCGAGCAACACAGAUAGUGCCUUGGAAGCAACAGCGACUGUCGAGUUCAUCUCUACUGACCCCAAUGGCGUUCUAUGGAAUGAGGAGAGCAACCCUUCAAUAGUCACCGCCGAACGCGGUAAACUUGGAGCUUCGGUCAUUGGACCGGAUAACAUACCGACUGACCUACAAAAUCCCGACUUUCUUGCCCCACCGACCACGGACUCCGGUACUGUUUCUAACGCCAAGUGGCCCUUCGCCCUCAGUCAUAACCGUUUGCAGACGGGAGGAUGGGCCCGUCAAGAGAAUAUCGGUGUUAUGCCCAUCGCAACGGAAAUGGCCGGCGUCAACAUGCGACUCGAAGCAGGCGCAAUUCGCGAAUUGCACUGGCACAAGACCGCAGAGUGGGCGUAUGUUCUGAAGGGAUCCACGCAAAUUACCGCAGUCGAUACGGAAGGACGAAACUACCUCGCCACUGUGGGACCUGGUGACUUGUGGUACUUCCCUGCUGGUAUUCCCCACUCUCUUCAAGCGACUGGAGAUGAUGAAGAAGGCUCUGAGUUUCUUUUGGUAUUUGAUGACGGAGAUUUCAGCGAAGACUCAACGUUCCUGUUGACUGAUUGGCUAAGCCACGUUCCCUAUGAAGUCAUCCAGAAGAACUUCCAGAUCGACAACUCGGACGCGUUUGCACACAUCCCCAAGGAGGAGCUCUACAUUUUCCCGAGCACGGUCCCGGAGGACGACGCCUCAGCCCCGGAAAGCCCCCAAGGAACCGUCCCUAACCCUUAUUCGUUCGCUCUGUCCAAGGCCAACGCUACUCAAUCUUCCGGAGGUUCGGUCAAAAUUGUGGAUUCUACGUCCUUUACAGUCUCGACUACUAUUGCCGUGGCGGAAGUUACGGUCGAGCCCGGAGCGAUGCGGGAACUGCACUGGCAUCCGACCAUGGACGAAUGGAGCUUCUUCAUCGAGGGCACAGCAAGAGUGACCAUUUUUGCAUCUCAAGGUACUGCUAGGACAUUCAACUACCAGCCCGGUGAUAUCGGGUAUGUCCCUGCUGCCUACGGACACUACGUCGAGAACACUGGUAAUACGACGAUGAAGUUCCUGGAAAUUUUCAAGUCCGAUCGGUUUGAAGACAUUAGUCUCAAUCAGUGGUUGGCCUUGACUCCUCCCGCAAUCGUGAAGGCGCAUUUAAACAUAGACGAUGCGACGAUCAGCCAGCUAUCCAAAGUCAAGCCAGUCGUAAUCGGACCCGGCGCCUGAUCUCUUUAGUCUUAAGACAUAUCUGGGAUUUCAAGUAAAAAUUUGAAAGACUUUAGUUUUAUAAGUAGAUUGGAUGACUCUGAACAUGCAUCGUUACCAAAUACAUACAUGUACUAGUGGAAUGACAUCG